AUGCGCAAAACAUUCUUGCUCGUGGCUUUCGUUGUUUUUGCAGCUAUAGCCGCUGAGAUAUCGGCCGAGACCAAAGAUUCAAAGAGAAAUGUUGGCUCCGAGCUCAAGAUUGAUAGUCAACGUUACCUCAAGAUCAAGCCGACCGCUGAUAUCGGAAAUGAAGAAAGGGGAGCUGUCGAUAAAAUUUUUGGAGCUCUAACCGAAUUCUACAAGGACUUUGUAGCACUCAUUAAGUCCAGGGCUAUGCGACAGGCGCAGCGAAUAAUGGCAAUCGUGAAUGGAAACAGCAAGAAAUCUGCUUAG